CAGAUCUGGCAACGCUACACAUGUGUAGACAUGUGCGACUAACGAUGGCGAAAGUCUUCGUCAUCGUAUGUACUUCCGUCUAUCAUCACCAGGGAGCGCCACUGCUUAAUCUGCUAGACUGUCAGGCCGAUAUAGCAGUGUAACUUCUACCCUCCCGUAACCCGAAAAGGAGGUAGACGAAGGCAAUCUGGGCAAAGAAAAGGGAAGAAAGAAUUGUCCGAGUCUGACUAAAGAAGGCGACCGUUGCACGUAGUUGAGUUUGGUCGUUGAUAAAGUCGAACGCCAAGGGCAGAAGUGCAACAAAGAGCACAUUUCGCCGCAGGAGUUAAUUCGGCCCGCCGACGACCACCCGAUCGGGACCGGAUGAAGAUGAACCGGUCGAAUCCGGCGUCGUCCAGACCUUCGACUCCGGCCAAAAUAUUGUGGUUCGAAUUUCUGCUGGAACCUUCGCUGCUAGAAAAGCAUCUGGCUCUUCCCAAUCCGGAUCCACCUGUUACGGAAUUAAUUAUUCAAUUCCUGACAAAUGUUUCGAGUUCUUCGUCACUGGAACAGAAUUCGAAUACUGCAAAUGUAAAUCUUUCUACCAGUAAUACUGGUGGGGCAUCAACUCAAGAUCCUGAAAAUAUCACUUCUAAAUUAUCUACUGAACAGGAGGCCGAAAAUAAAAAGAGUCUUGCUUUAAAGUUGUUGGCUUUAAAAGCAGCUGCUUUUCUGAAAUGGAAUUUGAAUUUAUUAGAAAAAGUACUUCCACUGCCAAUUCAAGAAAAUUUAAUAAAGGACUUGCAGAAGAUACUUUUGAGUUCAGAUUGUGAAUCUAUGGAACAGAUGGACAAAGAAUCGUUACUACCUGAUACACUAUUUGCUAAUAUUCUUUAUUACAGAUGGAAUCUACGUGCAGUAAUUAAGAGUUCAUACCCAGUCAGAGGUCAGAAAGGCUUAACUGUUCAAAUACCUGGCCAAGUAGAUCCAACAUUUGUACCACAAGAUGUAACAGAAUCAAUUAUCAGAAAGUUAAGUGAGCAAUGUGAUCAAUCUUGUAAACUUUUGGAGGAAGUACUAAAAAAGGAGGAACAUAUUCGCAUGCCUUUGAUGAAUUGUUUAGGAACCGUUAGUGAGGAAGCUCCGAAUCCAAAUCAUAAUUGGAAAAAUGGAAUAUUGUUAAAUAAAGAUGAAAUACAGUGUCAGUUAUCUUACGAUUUGGGAUGUUAUUAUUUCCAUCGAGAAGAAUAUAAGAAGGCAGGAGAAUAUUUUACAAAUUCAUCAUCUCUGUAUCCCAAGAUGAAAAAUUCUUUAUAUUGCCAAAUUGAUGAAGCAAAGUUGAAAGGUUACUUCAAUGCUGUUGCCCAUUUGACAAAACGACAGUCUUCAUUGGAAGUUGCAUCGCUACAGGAACGAUUACAAAAGUCAUUAAUAAACAAUUAUGAGGAUUUAGCAAAUAUAUUAAUGGAGGAUAACAUAAAGCGACAAAUUCCUUUAGCAUUAAGAGACGCAUUAGAAAUGGAAAUACUUCAGGAUGGCAAAUCAAUGAAUGAAAUGUAUUUUAAAGUAAUCGUGCUGAAUGCAAUUCGAAGAGUCAUAGCAGCAGAAUUAGUGCAUAUGAAUUUUCAGAUUGAAAUUAAGAACAAUGAGAAUAUAAUAGUAGAUACGUUGUCAGAGGCUGUGAAAAUGAUAUUUAUUAAUCUUACAAAUGUACAGAAGAGCUUAAUGAAGAAUUUCAUAAGGAUGCUCUAUCAUUCGUCUGGUAAUAUUGCGAGCCAGUUGAAGAAAAAUGAUGUUGUAAAGAACUUGUUUGAUCGGACAGAAAUUGAUAAUUUGUAUAAAAAUAAAUUGAAAACUGAUGUAAACAAAGAGUUACUUCUGUCAAAACAGAACUUUACAGAUGAUAUUUCUGUCGUCGUUGGACAACUAGAACGAGAACUACUUUCAGCCUCUUCGCCCAAAGUGAUAUGCUCUCUUGUAAAACGGUUGCAGUCGAUUAGUUCUAAACCACUUUCCAAGCUUUAUCAUAAGUGGGAACUCCCUCGACAUAUUGCUUCUCUAGUAAGAAACGUUCAGUCAUCAGAAGUCAUUUAUAUUUUAUUGGCUAAAGCUAAAGAACUCAGAACAGUCAAAAACUACACUCGAGCUCGAGAACUAUAUAGAAUGAUUCAGGACGAAUUGAGAAGCGGAGCAUCACGUUUGAAUUGGCUAAUAGGUUGGGAACUUCUUCACACUGAUCUUUUAGAAGCCAUUGAAACACCCAUUUAUAAAUUUCAAGAUCCCAAACAAUGUCAAGAAAUUAUUCAGAAGGCAAAAUCCUGCAUAAAAUCAUAUUAUCAAGAAAGAGAAACUCCUCCGGAUGUUUUUCUGGUUGAUUUAUCUGCCAUUGUUUUAUUAAACCUCAGAGAUUGGGAUACAUUGAAUGAAAUAGAAGGAAGACAAGAUGGAUAUGUUGGAUUGUCUUGUCUUCUAUCUUCUGUCUGUCGAGAUAUCUGCGCCAAUAAAGGAAGUAGAACCUCUGCCAGAGACUUAUGGGAUGCUGUGUUGCCAAUAUUUUCAAAUAUAAAUAUUCAGCACAAAAGAAGUAAUUCUGGCAUAAUAAAAGAAAUGCAGAGAGAAGCAAUGCACAGUAUUGUAUCCAGGUCUCAUUUUCUUCAUUUUACUGGAAAACUGGUGGACACUCUGGUCUUAACAGUGGUAAUCUCGUGUCUUUCCAAGUUAUACAAUAUACUGAAGGAUAAUUCUAACGGUGAAAUAUUUUUAGAGUAUUCAGCAUUGUGGCCUGCCGUCGUCAGCAAUUCAAGCACAUUUAAUGUGCAAGCAGUGGGUGACGCUCUGCAUGAAGUACUGGGACAUGCACUGACCGUUCAUCCCACUCACUCUUCUUGGUUAAAAACCAGAGGCGACUUUAUGUAUGUUCGGGGUCAUCACGCUGCUGCCACCAAGUAUUACCUAUCAGCGGCCAUGGUCAGCAGUGACUACUUCAGCCAGCCCCUGCCACGGGCACUCUUCGAUGAUGCUCAGUACAAACAUAUGAUCCACUGUUGUACCAAACUCCAGUGUCACACUCAGGCAGCUGUUCUCGGACAGUGUGUGGAAGAUCCAGCCUAUUCUGCUAUUUUUAAAUCUCUGGGAGAGAAGAUCUGUAACGAUAGCUGCGACACCUUUUAUCCCUGCAUUUGGGAUGUGACUCUUCUGGAAUAUCUGAUAAAUCUUCAUGCCCGUCGUGGGGAGGUUGACCGCAGACAGUUGGCCAUACACCUGAUAGGACAGUUGGAACUCAAUUCCAAUAAUAAUGAAGAAAUUCAGCAUGAAGCUGAAAAUGUCAGGAGAGGAAAAUUUUUUAGAGCCAUGGCUUUACAGUAUUUGUAACAGAAGGUGCUGUUUUCUGCCUUUUUAUAAUUAUUAAAACAUUUGAGUAAAGUGUUUAAAUUCUAUAGUACAUGGUGUACUUGGUGAGAAAGUCAGAGGGAUGAAAAAUAAAAGGGAUGUUGAAUGAUGGAUGCAUGGAUGCAGUCCAUACAUUGUUGUCAAGGGAAUAAUCAUCUGACCUGACAGAUGGAAUGGUUAAGCUGGUGAUCGUAUCAUGUUUGGAAAAAUUAUAAAUUUUGUUGGCAGUGAGUGGAUGGGAAAGAAUUUUUACUUCUGAUCGUUCUCUGAGUUUUAGAACAAAGUUGGGAUGUUUUCGAGUCAAACUGACAACAGAAUAACCUUUGGCAUCAGUUAAGAGAGAAAUUAAUAGGAGGUGCAGGAUUUGUCAGUUCUGUUCCCAGAGUGGUUCUUUGCAAGCAAAAAAUAUUGACAAUAUCCAAAUGCUUUGCAAAAUGAUGUACAAAAAUGUAUCUUAUUCAAAUAUUUCCUCUAUUUCAUAUUUCUCACCUCUGGAAAUGAUACAGUGGACCGAAGUUGAAUGCCUUUCAGUUAUUUCAUCUGUUUUCACCGUUUAAGUUUGGGCAACUCCAAAGAGGUUUUUAUAGCAGUAAGAAUGUCCAACAACGACAAUUUGGUCCGAAACAGUGAAUUUUUGUAGUUCAGACAAUAUUUCUAUGGUUUAAUGGGUUGAAAGAAAAAGAAUUCUUUGUAAAAAAAGGACUAACUUAACCCGCACCCCUUAUUGCUCCUAAAUUUGAGCAAUUUUAAUUUCCUUUUACACUUCUGGUCGUUUCCAAUUGGCCAGAUUUGUCACGACAUGAUGGAAAACCAUUGCAAGCUUAGAAUUCAGUUUCCACCGUUAAGACUGGUCACGUGGCAAUGGAAUCUGGCUGCUGUUUAUGGGUGCUGAAAGGUUAGUUUUUCUAGUUUCCAGGUGGUGAUCACUCAGAAAAGAGCAAACUUAAUACAAUAAUCAUUUGUUUUUAUUUUUUACAUUUAUAACUUACAAAUAUUUUAUCUAAACACCAAUCGUAUGCCGAAAAUCUAUCGGGCUAGUUUUAGGCUAAUUACUAAAUGAAUUACGUAAUCAA